GGUUCUUAUAGUAGAAAAUGAAAUUUUGAUUUAGUUGAAUAGCAAAAAUUUUUGCUUCGAAUAUUAAAAUAUUUUUUCAACAACCCUGUUCAUCAGAAAGCGAUACAUUAAAAUCAGGAAAAUUACAUCCAACAGCUAUUGUUCGAACUGCUGUUAGUGAUUUAAAUAAUAAAUAUAAAUAUUGUUUAAUAAUGUGUAAACAAUUAAGUACACAAGAAGAACUUGUAUCACGUGAUGAAAUGAAAGGUGUUCCAUUAACUGCUGAUAAAUUACUUUAUUUACAUGCUAUCGAACUAUGUCUAAAUGCAGCCAGUUUAGAAUUUUUUGGUAAAGCUCAAGAAUGUGUUCAACCAUAUACUGAAGCUCAAGUUUUAUUCCAUUGUUUAAGUCAACAAGCAAUGACUGAUUGUGAUCGUUUAAUUUUACAACAAUAUCGUGAAGCUGUUGAGCGACGUUUACAUUGUCUUCAAAAUCAGGGACUUACGAUGACUAAUGAACCAGAGACGUCAGCAAAUGUCACUUCUUGA